AUUGUCACUGCGACUUGAAGGCAACGCUAACGUGCGUUGGCGCCCAGAGCACUACGGGUACCGCACGGAGUCCGACGGCGACGGAAUCUCGAUCUUGGGCUCGCGGGACAUCUGAAUCGACCACUGCACCCUCUCCCGCUGCAAGGACGGCCUCAUCGACGCCGUGAUGGGCUCCACCGGGAUCACGAUCUCCCAGACUCUGCCAUGCAGGGACAAUAAUCUGGGAAUGUGGACCAGAGGACCCAACGAUGGUGGUGUACAUUUUUCAGAUUUUGGCCCAGAGUACGAUGUCGUUGCUACCUUCACGUAUUUUGAUUCUUGUAUCUGCAUUGUUAUGCUUAUUAGGUCAUACGACAACCUUAACAACAAUUCUAUAACAAAUGAGUACCCAAUUAGCGAUUUCAAUACGAUGAUGUUUCAUGUCUCUAUUGGAAUUAAUGGAAUCACCGGAUCCAUUGAUUGGGACUAUAAAUGUCUUUUCCUCCUCCUCCAUCAUCAUUAUAUACUACCCUCUUUUGUUUUUCUUUUUUACUAUCUUUCUUUUGGCUUUGUCAUUAUCUGUUCCAAGAUGUCAAAGAGGAAAUUGUAA